CUGGCUCGGGAUGAAGCUACAUCUCUGGCUCGGCUGGCUUGUGGUGACAGCCGUGUCGGUGUCUGCGGUACACAGUGGGCACUCUUUUCCGCCCUCCCGCUCCGACCUGACCUUUGACCUGGCCUUUGACCGGUCAGGUCGGCCGCUACGAAGACAGGGCCGAGAUGCCAACAGCAAUUUGGCGUUUCUUGGAUUUAUAAUGGCGCUACUGGAUACGAUUAUUAAUAUUGUUUCAAUCAUUAAUGACAAUAAUAACAACAACAAUAACAAUAACAACAACGACAACAACAAUGACAACAAUCUCAACAGUGUGGACGUCAACAGUAUGAACAUGAACGACAACAUGGUGAUGGGUAAGCGGUCGUCCUGGGGCUGGCUGGACGCCCUGACGGCGGGUCCGGUGGGCACCCUGUGGGGUCUGGUCAAGAGCUUGGCCAGUCGCCACCCGGGCUGCAUCGCUCGGGUGGUCUGCGAGACUCACCGGAUGACCGAGAACCACACGGGAAUGGCCUACCUCGUCACGACGUUCCUCAGUUCGGCGUCCAGUUUCCUGCUGGCCGAGGCUUUUCAGCGUCAGAUCGGCCUGGGGGAGCUGACCGAGGCUGCCCGGGUCGGGAGGCAGAGCCACAACUGCUACCCGCUGCAGUGUCAGCUGUUCUGACCGAGUCGCGGGCCACAACUGCUACUCGCUGCAGUGCCGGCUGUUCUGACCGCGCGGUGUGCCGCUUGCCUGGACAAAGAUGAGUGUACUUACACAAAUAUCAGAUGUAGGCGGUAUGCUUGAAAUGAAUGAAUAAUCAUACAGAUGUGAUUAGAGUACGUUGGGAUACCUAUAGGCAAUUAAGUGCAAUAUCACUUCUUAAUUGUGGGCAUUAUAAUGUGUUUACGAUUGUUUAUGUUUGUUAUAUGAUUUGAAUCAGCGGUGGAAGCAAAAUAUAGGUACGAAGCAAGAUCACCCAACAAUGGAUCUUUGUCAUUUUCAUACUUAGUUACCAAAACAUGAUACAAUGGAGAACUUGAGAAAUUAUGAACAUUGAUAAACACGAUGCACGCGUAAAAAAACACUUGCAAUGACGGAUCUCAGCAGGGAUGAUGGAUAACCACCACGAUACCGCUACUUCUUCCCCCUGUCAUGGUUGGGUGUCCCUUCCUGCAUCCUUACCGCGAGCAUCGCCGGCCGCCGCGCUCGUGUCGUGAGCCGAGUGUAAGCACCGGUCCCGCCCCGCGGCCCGCGUCUCCAGCGCUGUGACACCGACCGUUACACAUCCACUCAGCGUCGGAGACCGGCAGAGGAGCCAGAGGGAUGGCGGCGCGGUGGCGGCUCGCUGGUGCUCUCUGGCUGCUGGUGCUGGUGACCGCGGCCGCCGGGUCAGAGGUCAGGUCAGAGGUCAUCCAGGACCCGGUGGCGGCUCGCGGCGGCUCCUCCAGCUGUCCGUCCUCUGGCAGCAGCUUCUCAACGUUCGGCUUCCUCAGCUUCCUGCUCAUCUGCUUCAACACCGUCAUCAACGUCGUCAACAACAUCAACAACAAUAACAACAACAAUAACAAUAAUAACAAUAACAACAACAAUAAUAACAACAAUAACAACAACAACCUGGUGAACGGAGGCGACGGCGGCGGUGGCGGCGGAGGCGGCGGCGGAGGUGGUGGUAGAAGCCUUGGAAGAAGCCUCGGCGGGAACGGCGUCAGAGGCGAGGACCUGCUGAACAUCUCCAGCUACCUGGAGCGCUCUGCGCUGACCUCGUGCGACUGCUCCCAGCCGGCCAGCACGGUCAGCAGCCAGAUGUCGCAGUGGCUGCUGGACGUGUUCACUGCCUAUCCGGCCUGUGUGCCUCGCACCGUGUGUGAGGUGGCCCGCCUGCUACCUGCGGCACUGCGUCGGACCGCUGCCAGGGCUCUCGGCCGAUGGAUCGACCUUUCACUGACGGAGGACAGCAGCUGCUUUAGCCAACAUGCAGAGUGUCCUCUCUUCGACGCGGUGCUAUGAUAGUUUUCAUUUUCUAGGAAAUACUAACAGCUCGUCAUUCAACUGCAAUUAGUGCGCUUAAUGAUGAGUUGUGCUCUUAGUAUGCUAGUUACGAUCAAAUACAUAGGGGCAUACCUGAGCUCAGAAAAAUGAGACCGAGCUCAGAGACUGACGUGGAGCAUGUACCAUGCCUGAUGGGCAUAAAUGUAGCCCUGCCCUUUGUUUUACUAUGAUUGUGUUGAAAUGCAUUAUGUGUGUUACCGAAUAAAUUGUAUGUGAUAUAA